AUCUCCCCCUCAGCAUUUACCCAAGGGUGUAUAACGACAGGUGAUAUUUUUAGUUUGGGUUUCUCUUUCGGAAAUUCACUGCCCAAUAAAACGUUCAAUAUCAACUUAUUGCAGCCAGAAUCGAAUGCUAUUUGGUAUUCUUGCCCCUCGCUCACUUCAUUAACACUAAAACACGACAAAAAACAAUUUUUAUCUUUCAUAACAUGUUUUGGUAUCAUUACUUGGCAUUAAACACUUUCAAGGUGUUUAUUUGGCUUUUACGUAUGUCUGCGUCGGUUUUAUACAUUCUAGAUUGCAUUACAUGUGCCGAAUCGAUGUGGUUCUUCUAAAAAAAUGCAAAAUGUCAUUGUUUUAACCGUAAACGUCAAAUGACAUGUUCGUUUGACAGAACAAGCUUGGUUGGCAGCACUGUAAAAACAAAAUUUGACGUUUAGUAGUUCAUUUGUGCUACAAAUGAACUACUAAACGCCAAAAAUGGCGUCCACGCAAAGGGCGUUCACGCAAAAAUUGUCAAAGCACAAUGCAGCGGACGUUAGGAGGAAUGUGGCGUGCCACAAAAGUGGGCUUAUAUCGCCUUCAUCGACUUCUAGCUGGACGAAUGAUGUUGUGGAGCCGUUGGAUUACGAGGAGUUCGUCAGUCAGUAUCAGUUACUGAUCGAUAGAGACCCUCUAAGACACAUCUUGGAUGUCCCUCACAGUGAUGUCGAAGUAGAUAUAAUCGAAAGGCCUAUAAGAACGCUUCAACCGAUCGUUCCCGAAGAAAAACUUGAAACACUGCCUCCACAUGUGCAGUCUUGUGUGGAGUGUUACAAGUCUAAUUGGAAAGUUGUCAGAUAUAACCACAGAACUUUGAGUAGUAGUGUUUCGAAUAGAUCCAAUCUUUCCAAGACUUUGGAGCCAAGUCCUAAGCAGGAAUUUGAGGUGGACUUUCAAGCAGCACCUUCUGAAGCCACCAGUGAAAUAGAUAUAUCCUCCUUACCAAGCAGUAGGCACAGUGUCGCCUCUAUAGGCUCUGUAUCUUCAUGUGGGGACACUUUAACUCCCAGAAACUCCUGGGCAUCCCUGGAUCUGAGACAUUCAGCUGGAGAUCAGCUGAUUCCAGAUAUUUUGGAGCAAAAUGCUCCAGAAGCUGUAGAUCAGUUGAACGAGAGUAGAAGACAGUCAGACAGGCAUGACACUGUGUUUGCACUGUGCCCGCAAAUAAGUGAGGUUGAGAUUGAUCCUGUUGAAAAAAGAUUGCCUGCAAACAUUCCCUAUGAGCAUUUGGGGCACAGAAUAUUGAUCAAGUGCCAACAACUGACUUUGGAUUUGGAAGUGGAGCCCCUGUUUGCCUCGAUGGCUCUGUACGAUUGCAAGGAGAAGAAAAAAGUUUCUGAAACUUUUUAUUUCGAUUUGAACCCCGAGGGCUUGAAAAGAAUGUUGGGCGGGCAUGUCCCGUACUCCGACCCCAGCACAUUGGCGCGCGGGUGCAUUUUCAACAUAUCCCACCCGUCUCCCGAUUUGUUUAUCGUAGUGAGGCUCGAAAAAGUCCUCCAAGGCGAUCUGAACGAGUGCAUCGAGCCUUAUUUGAAGGAAGACAAGAAUCGCGAUAAGUUGAAAUCCAACGCGGUUUCUGUGUGUGAGAGGCUUGGAAAGUAUAGGCAACCCUUUGCAUGGACCGCCAUCAAUUUGAUUAAUGUCAUUAACGAUGGAAAUACCAUGGAAAAAGAUCUUGAUAAGGAGUUUAUGGGGUCUGGAUCCAAUACUAAUAGUCUGGACCGCAAAUCUUCGGGCAGCAGCUUGGAGCAGCUGCGCAGGCGCGCCGCGGACAUGGGCACGCUGACGCGCCGCGGCUCGCUCGAGCGGCGCGCGGAAAAAAGACGAUCGUGGUCCCCGGACCACAUCGCGACCUCGCUGGACUCGUUCCGACCGAUAACGCUGACGAUGCCCAGCUUCUUCAAGCAGGAGUGCGACAAGCUGCGCGACGAGGACCUCUACAAGUGCCUGCAGGAGCUGAAGCGCCCCGCCAUCCUCCUCAAGAAGCUCAAGCACAUCCCCGCCACUUUCAAGCUAGAGAUCUCGCCUUGUCCCAUAGAGUACAAGAACUGUCUCACCCCCGAGUUGGCAAAGUUGCACCCGUACCCGGACGAUAAAGGCCGGCCCACCAAAGAGUUACUAGAGUUCCCGGUCAAGGAACUUCUAACACCGCACUACACGUACAAGAACUUGCUGUACGUGAGCCCCAAAGAACUAAACUUCUCCAACCGUACGGGCUCGGCUCGUAACUUGACCGUCAAGGUGCAACUGAUGGCGGGCGAGGGCGACCACCACGCCCUCUACAACAUUUUCGGGAAAUCUAGUUCCCCGGAAACCACCAACGAAGCUUACACCGGCGUUACGUACCACAAUAAGUGCCCGGUUUUCUACGACGAAGUCAAAAUGAAGCUGCCCGCCUCUUUGGCCGAUAACCAUCACCUGUUGUUCACUUUCUACCACAUUUCUUGUCAGAAGAAAAUUGAGCAGAAUGCCGUGGACACGCCUGUGGGAUAUACGUGGCUCCCUCUGCUGCGCGACGGCCGCCUGGUCACCGGCGAUUUCUGCCUGCCGAUCAUGCUCGAGCCCCCCGUGCUAAACUACAGCUACAUCCCGCCGGACGUGUGCUUGCCGGGCACGAAAUGGCUCGACAACCACAAAGGCCUGUUCGCGGUCACGCUGGACACGGCCUCCUCCGUGCACACGCACGACGUGGCGCUGGAGCGCUUCUUCGCCGCCUACGACGUGGUGCACAGCGGCGUGGUCCCCGCCCGCCUGGGCGAGAGCGGCUCAGAAAGCGAAUUAAGAACCGCCAUGAUCGGUUUGUCGGGGGCAAGACCGGAGAUGAUCGUGCGCCAUCUGCCGCUAAUAUUCGACACCGUAGUGCAGCUGCUGGUGCAGCCGCCUAGGAUAUCGGGGCACACCCUGAACAUAGGACACAUCUGCUUCGAGGCUUUGUGCCUUCUACUGGAAAAUAUAUCGAAUCUGCAAGAGUUGUCGGUGGAUCAACACGGAAGGAAUUCUUUGCUGGGCACUUACAUACAGUACCAGUCCAAUUUACCGCAUCCGCUGUGCAAUAGCAACCAAAGUUCGCCCGAUUGGGAAGGGCACUCUUUAGCGAGAAGCAGUUCGAAUCCGGACCUGGAAAUAGCUCACUUGCAGCACGCCGCCCGGGGGUUGGACAGGGCCGCCAGCAUGAGAGUGCCGGGCGAUCAAAUAUCCCCGAACGUGACCCCCUGCCAGAGGGUGGUGCACCAGGAGUUGGUGCUGCAGUGGGUGGUUUCCAGCGGCCGCGCGAAAGACAUGGCCAUGCAAAACGCGUGGUUCCUGUUCGAGUUGGUGGUCAAAAGCAUGGUGGAGCAUCUGGCCAGAACCCACAGCUUAGACGCCUCGAGAAAGAACCGAUUCCCGGACCAUUUCACUGAAGACAUCACCACGCUGGUGCAAAACGUCACGGGGGAGAUAAUAGCCCAUUCCACCGGGGAAACCCGCAAAGCCCACAAGCUGAACGCAGCCCUGGCCUUCUUCUGUUUCGACCUGCUUUCCGUAGCCGACCGAGGCUACGUCUUCACCUUGAUACGCUCUUACAACAAGCAGUUGCAAGUGAAGAUAGCCUCGAUGCAGGAACCGGUCUUGGUCGAGCUCAAGUUGGAGUUUGCCAGGAUUUUGUGCAGUCACGAGCACUACGUCGCGUUAAAUCUGCCGUUCGCGUCGCCGUUUACGUCCAGCGGCGCUAGCGUCUCUCCUAGCCCCAGCGUUGCCAGCUCCGCUAGUCAGAACAGCUUUCUCUCGGGUCCGCCCGCCAGCCACGAGAGGGCGGGCACUUUCGCGGAGCUGUCGGUCGAGUACAAGCAGCACCACUACUUGACCGGGCUGGUUUUGUCCGAUCUGGCAACGGUGCUGUUGGAGAUGCAGUUCCCCUCGCUGCACGGCAAGGCGGUGGACACUAUAAGGUGUCUUUUGUCUUGGCACGACGGGGACCCUAGAUACGCCUCCCCUGAAGCGAAAAGGCGCGUGGCAGCGCUGUAUUUACCCCUACUCUCCGUCGCCAUGGAUGUGUUGCCGCUUCUGCACCACUUCGCGAUGGAUAAAACUGACAGGUAUUCAGAGGGAACCGUGCCAUCGAACAUCGACCAAACAGUGGCGCUGGCUAUAUCGGGAACCGUCAGCCAAACAUCAAACGACACCUACUCGACGCUUCAAGUGCGCAAGAACGGCAUCUCGGCGGACGUGACGCGCAACCUGCUCACCUGCGUGCUGUGGGUGCUGAAGAACGUCGAGCGCGACUCUCUCUCGCAGUGGCUGGCGGAAGUGAGCUCGUCGCGCCUGGCUACGCUGCUGCAUCUGCUGGACGCGUGCACGAGCUGCUUCGAGUACCGGCCGCGCAGGCGCGCGCCGCCGCCGUCCGGCUACGCGCACGCGCAGGUCGGACAGCCGGACAUGCGCAGCCGGCUGGAGGACGUCAUCCUGGGCCAGGGCAGCGCCAGGGAGAUGAUGAACAGGAGGAAAGGUGGCACCCCUCAGGCGUCCUCCGACAGGGUGCGCUGGCGCAAAGAACAGAUGACGUACCGCUCGGGCGUCGAUCAAGUCGACCGGCCGCGCGACGACUUGAUCAACGACGUCCAUCUGGAAGGCCACUUCGCCACCGAGGCCUCCUUCAUCAUCCUGGACACGCUGGAACGCUGCGUGGCAACUGUCGCGCAGUGGGAUUCGCAGCAGCAUCUGGUCGGCCUGGCCUUGACGGUGCUGCUGCACGCGUUGGGGAAGAACCAGAGCACCACGGUGUUGCCGCACAUGUUCGCCUCGCAGAGGAGCUUGGUUUUCAAGUUUCACAGUGCGCUUUUCGAUGAGGAAAGCAGCCACUGCGCCGAUUUAUGCUUACUGCUCUUAAAACAUUGCGGAUCGCAGAUAGCUUCGGUGAGAUCUCAAGCUGCAGCUUCGCUGUACCUGCUGAUGCGACAAACCUUCCAAAUCGGAAACAACUUCGCGAGGGUGAAAAUGCAGGUGACCAUGUCGCUGAGCAGUCUGGUCGGCACUUCGGCCUCGUUUAGCGACGAUUCGCUAAGACGUUCGCUGAAAACGAUUCUGGAAUACGGCGAGAGGGAUUCUGAGCUGCAGGAGACGACUUUUCCGGAGCAAGUGCGGGACUUGGUUUUCAAUUUGCACAUGAUUUUGUCCGACACGGUGAAAAUGAAGGAGUUCCAGGAAGACCCCGAGAUGCUGCUGGAUCUCAUGUUCAGGAUCGCCAAGGGUUACCAGAACUCCCCGGAUUUGAGGCUCACGUGGUUGGCGAACAUGGCGCAAAAGCACAUGGAGAGGGGAAAUCAUUGCGAAGCAGGCAUGUGCUUGGUGCACUCGGCCGCGCUGGUGGCCGAGUACCUCGUGAUGCUGGAGUCGCUGCCGCACCUGCCGGUGGGCGCGGCCGCCCUCGAGCGAGUCAGCCCGAACGUGCUCGAGGAAAGCGCCGUUUCCGACGACGUCUUGAGUCCGGAGAGAGAGGGCGGUUGCCUCGGUUCGCACUUCACCGAGGCGGGGCUGCUCGGGCUGCUCGAGCACUCGGCCAGCAGCUUCCACUCGGCCGCCAUGUACGAGCCCAUGAACGACAUCUACAGGGUGCUGAUCCCCAUCGCCGAGAACAACCGCGACUUCAAGAAGCUGGCCAACAUACACGGAAAACUCCAUGACGCCUACACGAGAAUAGAUCAGCUACACGGGAAGAGAAUGUUCGGUACAUACUUUAGAGUCGGUUUUUACGGUUCGAAAUUCGGCGAUCUGCACGAGCAAGAGUUCAUUUACAAAGAACCGACCCUCACGAAACUACCCGAAAUAUUCAGCAGGCUGGAAAACUUCUACGCUGAACGUUUCGGCCCCGAAAACGUCAUAAUCAUCAAGGAUUCCAAUACGGUAAACCCGUCGUCAUUGGACCCUGACAAGGCGUACAUUCAAAUCACUUAUGUGGAGCCUUACUUCGAACAAUACGAGUUGAGAUAUCGGCAGACUCAUUUCGAUAGAAACUUCAACAUAAAGAGGUUCGUGUAUGCAACCCCCUUCACGAUGACGGGGAAACCCCACGGAGAACUAAGGGAACAAUACAAAAGAAAAACGAUUCUGACUACCGCAGUGCAUUUCCCGUACGUUAAAACGAGAAUACAGGUCGUGAAUAGGACGCAGAUCACACUGACCCCCAUAGAAGUGGCUAUAGAAGACAUUCAGAAGAAAACAGUCGAGUUGGCCGCCGCGACCAAUCAGGAGCCGCCUGACCCGAAAAUCCUGCAGAUGGUUUUGCAGGGUUGCAUCGGCACCACUGUAAACCAAGGCCCGCUCGAAAUGGCGACCACUUUCCUGCCCAGCGACGGAAAAUCCCUUACGAAGCACCAAAACAAGUUGCGGCUGUGCUUUAAGGACUUUUCCAAGAAGUGCUUGGACGCCUUAAAGAAAAACAAGAAUUUGAUUGGACCAGACCAAAGAGAUUACCAAAGAGAACUGGAUAGGAAUUAUAAGAGAUUUAUUGAAAAAUUACAGCCUCUAGUUACACCACAGACUUCCAUAAUAAUUAGUAAUUCCAGCCCCAUGAAGUUUUCAACUUCUGAAAGCACAGCUUUAAAAUGGUAGACUUAAUAAUACAAAGUGGCUUAAGCAACAAUAUUUAUUAAUAAAUAUUAUUAAUCAAAUCAGCAAUCAUCAUAUACCACAUGAAUUUUAGAUUUUAGAUAAGCUAUUUUAUUAUUUAUAUACACAUCUCGAAUUGUAAGCUUUUAUAUUUUUUUAUAGUCAAAAAAUGAUUGAGUAAAUAAAUAAAAUAUAUCCGAAAUUAUUUUUGAAUUAUUUUAAAUAAAUAAAACAAGAUUUAUUAUAAAAUAACUUUAUUAAAUUAAAGCAAAUUACUAAAUAAAACUAGACCCUUAUGAAGGGUCUCAAAAUAAAACUAAUAUAAAAUAGAUACUCUUAAAUACAAUAUAAAUCUAGACAGUCAAUAUACAAAUUAAAAAAACAUAAAAUCAAUUUAAAAGUCACAAUCUGUAGUAAACUCUGAGUUGUUGUCAAUAAGGGUAACCCCACUUUUCUGAUACUCGCCAACUUUUUUCUCGAAGAAAUUGGUUUUGCCUUCAGUGGAAAUAAUCGUCAUAAAAUCAAAGGGGUUCUUAACCUUGUAAACCUUAUCGCAGCCCAGCUCUGAAAGCAACCUAUCGGCGACAAAUUCGAUGUAAAUGCACAUUUGCUCGCAAUUCAUGCCAAUGAGGCUCACAGGGAGAGCAUCCGUAAGAAAUUCCUUCUCGAUUUUAACCGCAUCCCUGAUAAUUUCAGUCACACGUUCUUUGGAUGGUUUUUGCACCAAAUAGGAGAACAUCAAACAGGCAAAGUCGCAAUGUAAACCUUCGUCCCUCGAUAUCAACUCGUUGGAGAAUGUUAAACCAGGCAUCAAACCGCGUUUUUUGAGCCAGAAUAUGGCAGCAAAACUCCCAGAGAAAAAUAUACCCUCAACGGCAGCAAAAGCUACAAUUCUCUCCCCAAAGGUGGCAUUCUUAGAGCCAAUCCAGUUCAGAGCCCAGUCGGCCUUUUUCUUCACACACGGCAUCGUUUGUAUGGCGUUAAAUAAAAACUCUUUCUGGUCUGGGUCGCUGAUGUAAGUCUCAAUUAAGGUGCUGUACAUCUCCGAAUGAAUAUUUUCAAUUGCGAUUUGGAAGCCAUAGAAACACCUAGCUUCGGUUACUUGCACCUCCUGACUGAACCUCUCGACUAAAUUUUCGUUAACAAUACCGUCAGAUGCAGCGAAAAACGCCAAAACGUGCGAAAUGAAGUGCCUUUCAUUGUCUGUCAAGUUCUUCCAGUGCUCUUUAUCUUUGGCGAGAUCCACCUCCUCAGUGGUCCAAAAAGACGCCUCUGCUUCCUUAUACUUGGCCCAAAUAUCGUGAUACUCGAUGGGGAACACCACAAAACGCCUGGGGUUUUCCCUCAAAAGGGGCUCCAGUUGGGGAUCGAACGUACUCACUUCCUUCUGCACUUUUUCCGCUUUUUUCGGCGACGUAAUGUUCACCUUGUUCAACUCCGUCAAAACGUUCUCUUUAUCGUACGAAGGC